AUGUGUUCUAGGUAAGAUUGUAAAAUUCGAAUGUGUAUCUUUUUGUGCCGCUGCAGACUGCGGAAGGGUUUUCAUCGAUUUCCGAGAGAAUAUUCCUUCUCUACUUUGCUAAUGUCGCUUUUCUACUUCUGGAUUUUAUUUGUAAAACUGUCCUAUCAGCCUAGGUUAACAUUUGAACUAUGGAAAAAUUAAAAUUUCUACAACUAUUACAAAUUGUACAUAUGUUUCGCCUCCCCUGUCUGUCUUGGUCCUGCGACCGUGCCCUUAGGCUUUGGCGCAAUUUCGAAGAGUCUCGGUGCAUUUCGCAUAUAGUUAUUUAUACAAAUAUAUGCAUAUGCACACAACCAAACAUUUUAUGAUGACCUAUGCGUUUGUUGUCAAGUCCCACAAUGUCUUAAUAUGCUUCUGACGUUUAGGGGGUAGUUGGAUUGUGCACUUUUGCAUAACUCGCAACUUUAAUAUUGCUUACUGUUAAAAAAGGGCACAAAGCACCUCUGAUCAGUGUAGAUAUUUGAUAAAAGUACAAUUUGUGCAUAUUCAUGUGUUUUACGUAGGGCGGCUGAUUUACUUAAAUGUGGCCUAUAAGUCGGUGCUUUCCCGGUGUUGCGCUCUACCACGUUUCCUGCGACCCGCUGAACCAGUCAAUUGCAGUUUCGUAAACCACCUCAGUGGGGCGAUUCCGAAAAAUGGUCUUUUUGUUAGAUAGCCUCUCCAAACGACCGCUCAAUUGACCGAUUUUUCUAGCAGAAGCGGAGCCACAGAUGCCGUAUGUGCAAAACGGUUAUGAGAUUCCUGACGAACUUCUCGUUUCAUGAUUAGCUGUGAGUCAUAGAGAGAAAAUUGAUUUAUUUACAAACGUACCGCCUGUUCUUGAGGGUCGCCUGUAUUCAUCCUCCAAAUGAAGUCACCAUAGGCCUCGGUGUUGAGCGAAGGUCUAUACAACCCCUGUUGACUUUUGACUGCCCGCUUAUUUUUAAUCAACAAUCGUUUUCAGUUGCUGCGUCUUACCGAGAAGCAGUUGCUGAACAAGGCAGUCCAUUCUUUUAUUUGUUGAAUUUCAAUCAACUGAAGAACUGGCUACCGCAUAGGCGCUUAUUCAUUUUCCAUCCUCAGGGAUGAGUCUUGUUUUGCCGUUGAGAGUCUAAAGCAAACGUCAAAUAGAACCUGCUUACUAAGUCCGAUGUAAGUCUGCGAGCGCUCCAACAAAACAUAUUAACUGCACGGUAAACCUACCUUGUUCUCAAACCUCUGUCUAAUUCCUUACCGUACUGCAGAGGCGAUCUGUGUCUUCAGCCCUCUGUGCAGCUCAUCAAGCAAACCUCGUCUAAGGUUCAAAUGGACAUGGCAGCCUUUCUUCAGGGGCUUUCUAAUGCACGUUCGAGACUUUACAUUAGCUUACGCGGUUCCUUGGGUGCCUCUAGAUGAGUUUGUUUCCGUUGGCAGUCCAAAAUAAGCAUUGAAUAGAACCGGCUUACUGAUAUAAGGUACAUGGUAAAGCCUGAAGAGGCCUAUUGCAUUCGACGGAAUAAGUGGAUAUGUUUUCGUCAUUUCUUAGUUUUCUAUUUGUUAGAGGUAUUGGUACUUACUGAAAUAUAGGAGGUUGUGUUGGUCAACCUACCAGACGCCUUUCUGGCGUCUUUGUCCUCAUCAGAGUUCGAUGUAAGUCUGCGAGCGCGUCAAAAAGUGUACUUACUGAAUGGGACACCUAUUUUGUCCUCAAAGUUCUGCAAAAUUCUUUGAGCUCUGUACUGCGGAGGCGAUCUGUAUCUUCCGCUCAUAGCCCGAAUGCACAUAGCACCCGUUUUUCAAGGACUUGAUAAUGCAUUAGCGUCAGAGGGUCUUUGGCCACUUCUGGCUGGUAGGUCUACAACAUAUUAGAAUCCAAUCCGUUACGGAUAGUGACAACUGCACAUCAAGACAGACCUUUUGCCGCUCUACAAGAUAGUACUUGACUCCAGCAGCAUUUGUACUUCGGCCAACCCAUUCUUUGUUUGCACGCGGAGAAACUUAUCCGUAGGAAGUCCUGGGCUCAAUUUAAGCAUUUGCCUUUUCGCUGGUUGAUCUGCAUCUAUGGAUGGCGUUGAGGGGAGGCCGGGCAAUCAGGUACAUCAAUGCCCGUAUGUACCACUUAAUGUGCUUGUCUAUAGUGCUCUGGUGAUAUCCGAAGUAGGAACCUUUCAUAUUUAUUUCCAAUAGGCAACACAUAGCAGUAUAGCACCUUUAGCAUCAAACUUGUUUCAAGAGAAUUUACUAGGCUGUUAGAACUAGUUGGUUAUCAAGUUGCUUUAAUUAUCAAUCCCACAAACCAACAUAGGCAACUAUAAAAUACGUCAAAAAUAUAUCUUACUACGUGAUAUUGAAGAAAAUAUUACUCGACUCUUAUAGGCACUCGGAGAAUGCGCGACGUCUACUACGCAGCACGCUUAGCCGACAAGUUCCUUUCGUGUGAAUAACGUAAACAACUAAUAUAUUCAGAAAUCUAACUACCAUUCAAGUAUUCCUAGACGGCAAUAAUAUACGAGAAAUAUUAGUCAUUUUAACUUAAAAGGCCUAUUUAGGCGUAUUGCCUCUGCAUGCAUGAAUAUCAAAGUGGUUACGCCCUGCAUAGCCUUCUGUCAACUCCGCCUAACAAGGAGCAGCGUAAAUAGUGUUUUGAAUUUAUCAUUUUUAUUGGGCUGACUUUCGACUUUUUCAUUUUUGUUAUUGUUAAAAUUCCUUAGCUAGCUACUGCCAGCUUUCAGAACCGACAUUUUGACAGGCGGAUGAAUUACUUGACAAUGUCAUACUGCAUCUUCUACACACUAUUCAUUAAUGGUCACAACGUUUGACAUUAAACGUCUUGUUUCUCACAGUUAUUUUGCUGUUGCAGUUUUGGAUGGUUUCCAAGAAAACGCUAUCUUCUUGGAAAUUCAAGCGCUUUGUGUGCGACGGAGCUGACCAUGGAAAACUACAAUAUAAAGGAGGGCGAGGUCAUCUUCGAGUAUAAAUUCACGGACUCCGUUGCACUGGCUUAUUUUACGGUAAGGCAUAACUUCAUCCAGCAAAUGCAUUUGUGAUAUCACAUGACGUCUUAAUUAAACUGCUUUGCACCACAAAAGCCUCGAGUGAACAGACUGCGUACAAUUUUAAUUGGGAUAUCCCGUUGUCACUUUACUUGCUACUACUUAUCAGAAUCGUUAGGAUUUAAAGACGCUGAUGGUUCUCGGAACGGUUACUUUGAACCUAGGUUUUUUCAAACUCUUAUUUGGUUCUCAAUGGGCCCCGGACUGUUUUGUAUGUGAAAUGCUUUAUUUUAAAAUGGCUGAAUUUAUGCAAAUAAAUAAUAUUCUUUUUCUAACCUCAAGCUGGCGGUGUUUCAUCUUACGUUUAUUUAUUCCCUCCCCCCCCCUUGUAUCACUCUAUUUUGGAUUCGGAAUCGGUACAAGCAAUUAAGUCGCUUUUUCCCUAAUUAUACCGGAUAUAAGUGCAGCUCGGAAUUAUUCGUAAAAUUUCCAAGUCAAUGCUAUACUUUUUCUAGUGGUUAAACACGUGAUUCUGUUUUUACAGGUGCGCAACGACAGAUGCGUCCUACAGGAUGGAAAGAGUCAUGUCCUACGACGCAGUUCCAGGCACACGUGGCGUACAUUUCAGACAAAAGUCCCCGAGGGUUCCUCGACACUGCAUUGGUAUCUCUUCUCCGACUACAGCUCAGGCUAUGAGCCAGUAACCUCGGAGUUCAAGCUUCGGAAUGUGACGGUCACCGGACGAUCAGCCCUCAUGGAAUGUCCUGAGUGCGAGGCAGGCUACUACGCCGCAACGGAGGGAGCAAGCCACUGUUCCAUAUGUCCAAAAAACACCUUUUCAAAGCAGCGAGCUUGGGAAUGCACGCCCUGCCCGGAGGGAGAGUACGCGCGUAAGUGCCGCCGUAAAGACGACAUGUGUAGGCUAUUUAAAAUACUGGGGCUUGCUAAAAGAUUCUCACCUACAGUAGAUGCGCUAACUCAUGAAAUGUUAACCAACAUUCUGAAAUGCGUUUUCGUUUCAAAAAGCUUACUUAAGUAGUGUAGUAAAAUUAAUUAUUGUGCAGCAUAAUUCUAUAAUAAUUCAGGUUCUUCGGAGUGCCAGCUUUCGAACGAACUUCUUUUCGGCCGCAUGCGAAAACCAAACUCUGGGACAAAUGACUACUUACGUGGCAUGAAUUUUUUUCGCUGAUUCUCAGAGCCUUUUGAAAAUUAAAUUAUAUUUCCUGGAAAAUAUGCAUAAAACUAUUCGUUCUUUUACUGACUUGGUAGAAAAUGAUGUCGUCUCCAUUUUUAUGCUAGAAGGAAGGGUAUAAUUUGAUAUAAAAAGUUUCUAAUUGCGAGUUUGUUUAAUACCAUCAAGUGCCCAUCCAUAAAACAUCGUGUCUCUGCGUUUACUAAUGUAGCCUGUACAGUUUACAAUGUGACUCAAGUCCACUGCUAAAAUAUACGAAUCCUUUAUAAUCUCCUCUUAAUACUGCUGAGAAAUGUAUGGUUUUCCGCACGCGGAAAAUGUUCGGUUUGUAGUUUUUAAAGCGUGACUGCAAGUGUAACGGCAGGUUGUGUUCAAUAUUAUCAAGGUAUCGGAAAACUUUUUUAAAACCGAACUACACCCUUCCUUCAAGUAUACAGUUUGAAGGAGACGUAAUUAUCUACCAAAUGAGUAGGAGGAUAAAUGAUUUUAUGCAUCUUUUCCAUAAAAUAUAAUCUAAUGUUUGAGGGCAUGGAAAGUCAGCGAGAAGACUGCCUGCUACAUAAGUGGUCAUUUUAUACAGAGUAUUGUUUUGGCAUGCAACCGGAAAGAAUUUCCUCCGAAAGGCGUCAUCCUGUGAUAAAUGAAUUAUUAUAGAAUUAUGCUGCAUGAUGAUUAAUUUUACAACCCUGCCUAAGAUAUAUUUUUGGAACGAAAACGCAUUUCAGAAUUUCGGUUGACAAUUAAGGAGCUAGCAAACCUACUGUACUUUCUGGCCAUGCCGAAUAGCUGUUAUACAAGACAAACACUUGGUUGUAUUUAUCAGCCUUUUUACCUGUUUAUGUCCUGGGUUUCAGAUAAUAACUCGAUUAUCAGAAUGUAGACAGGCCUUGUUGCCCAGAAAAUAUUGUGAAAAAACAUAAGAAAUGUUUACAUUGAAUGUCUACACCAUCUUACUACUCUACAGGGUGUCUCGCAUAUCAUGUUUUUAAGAUGUUAAAAGUUUUAAAUUCACUUCCUAAUGGUAGUGUCACCGACUUUCAUACGCUUCUCAGUAUGGAUUCUUUCCCAUAAAAAUUCGUUAUGUACGUUGCAACUCACAGAAACUUUGUUGGUAGUUGUCUGUAGACCUACGGUUUGGUUUUCACUGCUUACGGCGGAGAUAAGUAAUUCCAGUUUUAAUAAAUGGCAGGCAGAAUGAAAAACAUUCUUCUGGUGUUUUGCUUGACGUGCGACAGUCCUAUGUUUCUUUUCUGUCGAACUCCGUUUUGAACGGUAGUCACCAUCUACACGCCUGAAAAGCCAUGCAUCCAUACUCUGAGCCCCUUGUGUCGCUCCCGAUAAAGCGAAAUUCCUAAUCAUUCGUGCUGUGUCGAAAACGAUUGUUGUUAGCAGAAUCUAGAGCUUUUUUGUACUGGUGACGGAUGCGGGCAACUAGAACUACGGUAAUUAAUUCGGACUGACUUCGCAACCAUAAAAUCUGCGCCUGCGUUCUUGGAUUCGUGCCUUCCAGUGAACAAUGCAAAAUUUUCUCCUUUAGUUGACAAGCUAAAUAAUCGACUCCUCAACUCUGGUUGA